AUCUCAGGGGCCCCAUUUUGAAAUACUCCCCAAGAACUGAAGUACCAAAUGAUGCUACGAGAAAAAACGAUCUUACAGAAGCCAAAUAGGAAGGAACCCCUUUUACUUUUGCUUUAAAUUAGAGUUGGCUCUCAUCACUGCAUUGACUUCAAACCUUUAGCUCCCCAAUUCGACAGUCAACAGCAACGCCUUGUCCUCUCAAUCGCCACCAAUUUCCCCUCUCCCUCAGCUCCCCAUAGAAAGAAAAAAUACACUCUCAAAUUUCUCAAUGGGUGAGCAAACCCAAACUCAAAAAACCCAAACCCAAACUCCAUCCCUAUCUCAAUCUCAACCCACUUCUGAUUCCACCGUUGAUAUUCCCCCAAAUCCCUCUAACCCUUCAAAAAUCCCAAUUCGCCCCCAAAAAAUCCGUAAACUCUCUUCCACUAAUGACCAAAAAACCCUUCAACCUUCUGAUUCCUCGCAAUCUGUAGUUACAAUCACCAAGAAUCGUCGAAGGGGUUCUUCACAAUCAACAAAAUCUUUGCCCCAAAUUGUCAAACCAUUAUCUGCUAAUGGCGAAAUUGAGAAUGCUCUCCGCCAUUUGCGAUUAGCUGACCCACUUCUUUGUUCUUUAAUAGAUACUCUUCCUUUUCCAGCUUUUGAGUCACACCAACUUCCAUUUCUUGCACUCUGUAAGAGUAUUCUCUACCAACAAUUAGCUUAUAAAGCAGGAACUUCAAUUUACACGCGUUUUCUUUCUCUUUGUGGUGGUGAAGAUGCUGUUUGCCCUGAUGUUGUUCUUUCUUUAUCUGCUCAACAGCUUAAGCAGAUUGGUAUAUCAGGGAGAAAAGCAAGUUACCUGUAUGACCUUGCAAAUAAGUAUAAAAGUGGGAUUUUGUCUGAUGAAACUGUUGUAAAGAUGGAUGAUAGGUCAUUGUUUACAAUGCUUUCAAUGGUGAAAGGGAUUGGUUCUUGGUCAGUACAUAUGUUCAUGAUAUUUUCCCUACAUAGACCUGAUGUGUUGCCUGUUAGUGACUUGGGGGUUAGGAAAGGAGUAAAAAUGCUGCAUGGGUUGGAGGAAUUACCAAGGCCGUCGCAAAUGGAGCAAUUGUGUGAGAAAUGGAAGCCAUACCGGUCCGUUGGGGCGUGGUAUAUGUGGCGGUUUAUUGAGGGAAAGGGGACACCAACUACUGCAGCAGUAGUGAUGGAGGGUGGUCGUAUACAGCCCUUGCAGCAAAUUGAGCCGCAACAGGAGGCACAACAACAGCAUCAAUUGCAACUUCUUGAGCCUAUUAAUGGCAUGGGCAGCCUCGGAUGCAUAGCUGAAGGAGGAAAAGAUGUAAAAUACGUACCAUGAAUGAACAAGAAGUACGCUGCAUAAGUGCUGAAUGCAAAAGACAGAGAGAGAGAAGGUGGCCGUUGACAGACUUCUAGUUGAAACAAAGUAGGGCACAGUUUUACAUGGACUCAAAUAUGAAAAUAUGACUUCUAAUGACAAGGUGUAUGUUGAGGUGUUUUCUUUACCUAAAGUCCUAAACUCUCAAGUGUAGAAUGCAUUGUAUGAAGAAAAAACUUUUAAAUUGCUCACAUGUUUGUAUCUUUUCCUAUCCAGGGAAAGCCAUAUCAUGUGCUUAUAUAAAAAAUGAAUUAGGAUCAUGGGGAAGUUGAUUGAUCUAAGCUCUAGCUUCUUGAAUGCAGUGGAGGCCACACUCGAUUCUCCCAGUUUCAAGCUCGAAUGGUCCAAGCUGCAUUCCAGUUGCCUCACGCCGAGCUUCGCUUUCCUAGAGUUGGUUUUGGCUUAUUUACACCCCCUAUCUUUGAUUAGUUUACGAUGUAGAAUCAUCAGAUUUUGAGAGGAUUUCUUUUGAGAUUAAUAACCCUUACAUUUAUAGACUGGGAAAAUCAACUUUAGCGAUAAGCAGAUAACUAAAAUUGGUUCUUUCUGCGCCACAAGCACCCCCCCCACAAAAAAAAAAAAAGUGAAAUUACUGUCUUUUAGUCAAAUAUUUUAUGAAUAUUUAGCUGUGGUAUCAAAUUGAUUUGCAAUUUUUGAACUUCUUAGCCAGUAAAUUAGUUCUGCGUCCAUACCAUUUUUAUACAUAAUCCCUCUUCUAUUUAUCAUCCUUGCAUCAGAAAAAACUCUUGCUAUAACUUGUCUAUUUUGAUUGAAGGUAGGGGUUAUGAACAAGGAUAGGGGAAGUAUGUUAGAUGCAAGGCAACAUGAUUUUUCUUUCCAUAAAACCAUCCUAACUUUACCUGUCUUGAUACUGCUUCACACUCUUAAUGAUGCCGUCUCUCCCUUAUCUUUGUCACUCGAUGGGUUGGGGUCGAGGAGUGGGGGCAGUGUAGGAAUACUGCCUUCAUCAUGUCCUCAAUUUUUACUCGAGAUCUGAAAGUACAAUUCAAAUUUUUUGUCUUUACGAGGUCUAGACUAAUCUGGUAGAUGAUUAUGUGAUGGAACAUCAGGGAGAGCUGUCCAGUCUUUAUAAAGGAGAUUAAAAUGUCGUGAACAGAAAUGUUGCCAUCUUGCCAAGAGAAGCAGCAAGAUAUGGAGAUUUUUUGUUCUAAGUUAGUUGCAAUAUCCAUUAUACUAUAACCAGAUUUUUUGGUUUGUUUUGUGAGAAUAGUAAUGGCAUAGAAAGUGAUCUGCGUAAUUAAAUGAAUUUCUGAAGAAGCGCAAUGAGUUUGACCAAUGGGUUUUGUAUCUUAAAGACAACAAUAGUUCUAAAAGGGCUGUGGACAAUAUUGCGAGUGAAGUUAUUCUAUUUGGUCAUUGUUGGUUGGCAAAUCUGAGGGGACCUUCCUUUUUACGAACUUGCAGUAAAAAUGCUUGUCUAUUGGAGUGACUAUCUAUUGGUGCGUUGACAACAAAUUUAUCUAUGUCAAAAUGAUCAAAAGAAUUUCACUUAUGCCAAUUCCAAGUUUUCCGUGAUGUCGAUGAUGGGCCAGACCUUCUACUCCCUUCUCCACUUAAAUAUCAGGUUUUUGACUGCGCUAGUGUUCGAGCUCGUGAUGUGCACUUAACCAAGCGUCACAUGUUGUGCUCUUACCACUUGUCUAGCUCCUAGAGAGCUUAUAUUUGUCACUAUUAUA